AUGGAUCUCAACGGUCCGAAUCUUCGGCCCGAAGACCCGAAAAAAAAAAUCCCCAAUGCCAAACGGUAGCCGCGACCGCGAGGAGCCUUCCCCGAGUUCACGAGUACAAACGACGACAGCCAAACCCUAGUAAAUUCAAUUGUCAUGGAUAUGAUCCCCGUCUCCAUCUCAAAAUUCCUCUGAAUUUUCCCGAGAAAAAACACGGACACGGUGUUCUCUUAAUUGUUUCUUCUCCCAUGGAGUCGAACCCCAUCUCCGGAGACGAAGCGAGGAACUGGCUUGAACUGCCUGCAGACAUCACGUCCAUGAUUCUUCUCAAGCUAGGCGCCAUUGAAAUCCUCUCGAGCGCGCAGAGCGUCUGCUCUUUGUGGCGUAAGAUCUGUAAGGACCCUCUCAUGUGGCGUGUCGUCGAUAUGCACAACAUGGGUGAGUGGGACAUGGACUACGAUUUGGAGCAGAUGUGCAUUCAGGCUGUUGACCGUAGUUGUGGCGAACUGAUCGACAUCAACAUUCAGUACUUUGGCACCAAUGAGUUGCUCCAAUAUAUCACUCAGAGUUCAAAUCAACUUAGAAGACUCCGGAUUGUACGUUGUCAUAGCAUCACGGAUACAGGAUUGUCUGAAGCAGUUUCGAAACUUCCAUUGUUGGAACAUCUUGAAAUAUCUCUCUGUUCGUUUACAGAGAAAACUUUGGAAACCGUUGGACGGUGUUGCCGUCUUCUGAAAUCAUUAAAACUUGACUGUCAGGAUUGCAGAAGAGGAAUGAUUGAUUGUGAUAGGGAUGCCAUUGCCAUUGCUGAAAAUAUGCCUAAUUUACGUUACCUUCAGAUAUUUGGAAGCAGUCUAACAGACAGGGGCUUGCAAGCCAUUCUUGACGGUUGUCCUGAUUUAGAAUCCCUUGAUUUGCGUCAGUGUUUCAAUUUAGAUUUGGUUGGACAAUUGGGGGUAGAAUGUGCUGAAAGGAUUAAACAUUUGCGCUUGCCUCAUGAUCCCACGGAUGACUAUGAAUUUAUUGUCGAAACUGAUGGUUUUGGUGAUGAUGAUUCUCUUGAUGAAGAUUAUCCUUCCGGUUUCUCUGACAUUGAUUUCUUGACUGAAGAUGAUGAUUACUAUGAAUGGUCAGGAGGCAGCAACUUCUCGGACUAUGCGGAUUUUUACUUUGAUUGACCAGAAGCAUAGUGAGAAAACCCUGGCCCUGUCUUUUCUUGCGGCCCCUCGGCCAUUGUAGCAGGUGCUUAAGCAAAUCAAGGUGCCUUUCUUUCAACUGCUGAACUGCAUGAGAAGUUCUCUUCUGUUCGAGUAAGUAACUGCCAUUUUGUUCUAAAGUAUCUGCUUGUUAUCUUCAUUCUGUCACGUUUAUAUAUGAGAUAGUUCUAGGAUUUCUAAGAAACUUAUCGAAAUUUAACUAACCAAGUGAUGUGAUGUAGUGAGAUACUAGUUCAUGUAUCAAAUAUUCAAAAUGUUUCUUCAUACUUGAACUAGUCGACUUGUGCUACUUGGUUUGUCAAAUUUUGGUAUGUCUUGGAGUAUUAUAGUGUUAUUUUCUAUAUUUGUCUCAGAAUGACCUGAAGUUGCUUUAAAAAAAAAAGAAAAGAAAAGAAAGGAGAAAAAAAUAGGCCUUUUUUUUUUUUUUUUUAAGAAGUGUAUUUGGAUAUCAUAUACUUGCUCGUUUAAUGGAUAUGGAUGUUACGGAUGA